ACGAAACUUUGUAUAUAGUGUUCGGAAAAUUACUAUAAUUUUAAACCGGUUUUUAAACCGGUUUCUAAUAUAUCUUGUGUAAAACUGUAUAGAUUUCAGUAUUUGUUCCACCAACCGGUUUCUUUAUGGCGGACAUCAAAUUGUGAAUUCAAUAAAUAAGUACUUUUCUCUAGAAUAUCAGAAUUAUGAAUGAGCAAGUAGUUCCAGAUGAUAGCUUUAGAGACAAUCUAAAAAGUAUUGAGUAUAUUGGAUUCAGAACUUCUUCAGAUAAAGUUAUACAAAUUUCAACAGAAGAAUUGACGGAAUCUUUACAAAACAAUUGCGAUUCUGUUUGCAAAAUAAGACAAUUUUCUGUUUCAGGCACUCUUUUAAAACAGUUAUCAUCAAUUAUUCGUUCUACCUUAAACAAUGAUUCUAAAAUUUUUAAAAAACCUUUAAAAGUUACAAAUUUUAAAGUUCCAGCAAAACGAGAGAAUGUAGAAAAUAUAGAACCAUCCCAAGAAGAGAAAAGGAGAAAAUUAGAUUCAACUAGCAAUGAAUAUAAAAAAGAUUUAGGCAAUGUAUUCAAUCCUAAUGCAAAUGAAGACAAGAAAGUAGAUCACUUUAAUGAAAAUUAUAAAAAAUCAGCGGAGCAACCCUUCAUAGGAUUUAAAACUGCAAAUGGUAAAGAUAUAGUUAUUUCGGAACAAGCUUUAAAACUUGUAAGGAGUCGCUGGAAUGAAGAAGAUUGUAUUUCUUCAAGCCUCUUAAAGGGGGAGAGUACCGUCUGUUCAGAAUAUGAUUUGAAUGCUAUGGAAUCUAAGGCCGUUUGCGAAAAAGAGACCUUUAACGGAUCUCUUAUAGGCUUUAAAACGGCGAGCGGGAAGGAUAUUCACAUAUCUGAGGAUUCUCUGAAGCAAGUCAAAAGCAUGUGGAAAGAUGAUGAAUUAGAUUCAUGUUUUAAUUCUCUACUUGACGAGGAAAGUACUGAGCAACUAGAAGAAAGAGAAGCGAAUAUAGAUAAAACAACAAAAGCUGCUAACAAUGAAGACACGGAAGUAGAAAGGCCUUGUAUAGGCUUUAAAACAGCGAGCGGAAAAAAUAUUCACAUCUCCGAGGAAGCUCUGGAGAAAAUUCGAAGUCGUAUGGAAGAUGAGGAAAUGGAAAUUACAUGUUCAGAUUCAGUUAACAAGAAUCUGUCGCGAAACAUUACCGAUAGUAUAAAAGACGUCGAUGUAGUGAUUGGCAAAGAAAUAUCAAGGUCUGGAAAUGUCUCUGAGGGGAAUACAAAUUCUUUCGUAGGUUUUCAAACUGCCAGUGGAAAAAGCAUUACCAUUUCAGAAGAAGCUUUAAGACAUGUCAGAAAUAGAUGGAAAGAGGAAGAGGAUUCAUCGGAAUCCCUAAUAGAUACGGAAAAAUUAAAUUAUUUUUGUAGUAAAGGAUUAAAGGAGACAAAUGAAACCCCAAUAGACAAUUUUGAAACCGAUAAAAAUAAUGCAAAGGCAAUAAAAAGAAAAUUAUCGAUUUGUAUUAAAUCCAACAUUAACGAAGGCAUUAAAGUUUCGAAAGAACACGAAAAAAACCAAUGGAAAGAUAUUAAUUUAGAAGUAGGAUCCGAUGCGACUUUGACAUCGUCUCUUAAUUCAAACGCAGAAGAUGAUGACUGGUUAGAGGAUGCUGCAAUUUUAUGUGACGUCUUGCAGGCACGUGAAAGAGAGAGAAAUAAUCAAAAAGAAUUUAUUUUAUCAAAAACAGACUCUCACGAAGAAUUUCCAUCUAAUGAGGUAGCUCAAAACACAGGGAAACGAAUGACUCUUAAAGAAGCUCUGAAAUCGACAAAGACUGAAACGUCAAUUUGUCUUUCCUUAAAUAAUUCCCUAGCAUACGAAUUCUCAUGCGGAGAUUCUAGCGAAAUUUUUAAAACACUGUCAAACGGUACAAACCUAAUAUGGAACUCGGGAGGUAAAGCUGGUUGGGAAGAAUUUCACAAUGCGCUACGAGCAUCUCCCGGAGUGAAUCCAGCGAAAGUUCAUCAUAAUUGGACUAAAACAGCAUAUGGUUUAAUCGUGUGGAAAUUAUCUAAUUAUGAACGGUACUCAUCUAUUGGAAGAAGUUUAAUGGAAGAGGAAGUUCUAAGAGACCUGCUGCUAAGAUAUCGAUUGGAUUUGGAACGAAGAGCACGUAAUAUUCCUGUGUUACGAAGCAUUCUAAAUAAGGAUGUCAACUCUGCAAUUCCUGUAGUUCUUUUAGUUUGCGCAAGAAUAAAAGACUCUAUUACUCUAUCUGAUGGGCAUUAUUGUAUACGAGCGGAUCUUGACGAAUUACUAUUAAAACAAGCUAGGAGUGGAAAAAUUCGAAAUGGUGCUAAGUUAAUUGUGGCUAAUGCUAAGAUGAUUGGUGAGGCUUGUGAGCCAUGGGAAGAUGAAGCACAAAAUGUCCGAUUUCAGUUAUCUUUUAAUUCAACCAGACGAGCCGCUGGGUGGUUGAAAUUAGGGCACUUUCAUAAAUUUCCUAUAUUACCACUAAACUCCUUGAAAUGUGGUGGAGGAUAUGUAACUGCUGUAGAUGUCGUUAUAGAGAGGAUUCAUGCACCAUGCAUGGUGGGAUAUCGUAAGAAGGAACGAAUCGAAAGAGGUUUAAAAGCAGCAAGUAUGUCUGAUCCUUUAGAAAAUGACUAUGAGUGCCAGAGAGCCACAUUACGUUGUUUAAAAAGUCGGGCAAAGUGUAUGCUGCUUCUGCGAACUUCAGCGGAAAGCGAGCAGGUAAAAGAAGGACUUAGCUAUCGUCUUAUAAAUUUCAAUGUAGCUCGACGAAGGGAUUCUAUUGAAUUACGAAAAAUAAUGCAUUCUGAAAUCAAGCUGCUAGACUCUUGCUGUACAGUCGAACGCUUUCCAAUUGCCUUGAGACACUUACCCCAGACGGUUGAUAAUAAUUUUUACGAUAUUGUCGCCAAAUUGGUUUCAGAAGAUGUUACCGAUAAACUUCCGAUUGGAUUGGCAGAUAAAAAAUUAUACAGAUAUUACAUAAUAAGAGACUCAGCCAACAGAUUAGCGUUUUUGCGCUUCGUUGAUCGAGUAAGAGUAGAAUUUUCUUCUGUACUAGAGAAAGAUCCUCAUGCUAUGUAUGAUGUUGUGCUAGUCGAUAGAGUUAAUAAUUUUCCUGUUGUGGAAUUGACGGAUUUGAGUCGAGUGUCUAAAUCUCCAAAGUCGGAGGUGUUUGAAGCGGAAUUACUCAAUUUAGAAGAAAGUGUGGAAAAUAUUGAUCUUAAUCAGAUUUUGAGUCAAGGGCAACAUAUAAGGAGAAGGCGAAGUAACAUAAUUUAUUAAUUAUAUAGAGCUGAAUGCUUCUGUCAUUAUCACUCCUCUAUUUUAUAAAGCAAAUGAAUGUUUUUAUUUACAUGUUUGUAAAAUGGACUCGACGUAAAUGAUGUAUGAAAUAUCGCAUUCUUUUUCGCGUCUUUUAUUAGAUUUAGACUUAGAUAUGGACGAACAAUCAAUAAGUGAGUAUAACACUACUCAGUGCGUUUCAAAUCAAUCACUUUAUUACUACAACUUGUAAUUAACAAUAAGAUAUAUUAAGGGUAAGCUUACCGGUAUUGCUUGAAGGAAACCUACUUUUCAAUUUCAAUUGUGCUCUUUAGGGAAAAUAUACGUUAUUAACGACGAAAUUCAAUACGAAAGGAAACUGAUGAUUUUAAUUUGAAACCAAGGUUAAAAUAUUAAUUUCAACAAGGUAGAAUAGAGCAAAGGCGUCGUAAAUAAGCUACUAUGUUCACGUAUAUGGCUAAACAAUGCAAACUAACUUACACCCUGGAGCUCUUAGUACGCAUUUAAACGAAAUGAGAGGAAUAAACUUUCAAAAGUAAAAUAUUAAGCAAAAUGACUAGCAUUAAAAUAAAAGCAUUGCAAGGACAGGACGAAAUACUGAGGCCUCUAACACAAAAUAUGUUCGAAUAGCUUAAUAUUUUUAUUUUGUUUAAUAGCGUUUCGUAUUUAUAGAAAUAACAGGUGCAAAAUAUCGUGUAAUACUGAGAAAAUUAUUAGUAGACAAACUAUCAACAUUUAUGUUAUUGUUUAACAAUAGUAGUAGGAUUAUUAGCAAGAGAUGUGUGAAAAAACAGAAAGUAUAAAACUCAUUUUUCUAACUAAAAGGUUAAAAUAUGAAAUUAUUAACAAACAAGCUUUUCUUCAAGUGAAUAAUAGUAGCAUUAAAUUAUUUGAUAUACAUGAAAAAAAGAUUAUCUCCUCUUAUUGGCAUUCAUCUCUCAUAAAUAGUAAAUCCCUAACCUUCUCUAAACUGUCGCCUAUAUGAAAGAAGGGGAAUACUUUUUUGACUACUAACUUAUUUAUAAGCGGAAAUAUUGUUACUUCAUUUUUAUAACAAGUUUUAUUUCCUCAACUGGGAUCAAUUGAAAUUGAAGUUAUAAUUAUAUUUAGACUUGAUUUCAUGUAAAUGUAUAAAAAGCCAUACAACUAUACAAUUUUCAUGCUAAAGCCUUUGUUAUUUAUUUAUUUUCAAUAUGAAAUAAAAAAAAUCGGUUAGCAAUAAAAAGGACGAAAGCCGGAGGUCAUAAUCGCACAUAUUCAAAAACAAUUUCUAUGGAAACUAAUUUUCGUCUCCUAUUUAAUUGGCACUAUUUCUUAUAAAGUAUAUAUUCACUUUAGAUGAUAUCAAUACUAAUUUGAUUAGCAUUCCUUGGAUAUACAUAUAGCAUAGAAAAUCUACGUAACAGAGGCUCUUAAUCAUUACUUUCGCCUGAAUGAGUGUACAAUCAAUUCGUUUGAUUGGUAAUAUACAGCAACGCAAUAACGAUAUCUGUUAAAUGUAUCUCUUACUACUUUCCUUAUUGUAAUUGAAAAAUAUUUAACUGAACAAGAAUAAUAAACCUUUUAAGAUAUUGUUUUCAUUUGUUAAAAUAUUUUAUUACAUAUGGUGUAGUAGUUUUGUAUAUGAAAACGCAAAAUCGUUAAAGUCGAUAAAAUUGCACAUUGGGAGCAUUAUAAAUUAAAAGAUGUUAAUUUAACAGAUGUUUUUAUCUUUAGAAACCAGACAUAUUUGGAGAUAACUCAAAAAAGUAGAUUUUAAUGCAUUAGAGAUCUCAUCUACAUCAUUUUCAUUCAUUAAUUAAAUACAGAAAAGAGCAGCUGGUUGAAGAAAAGUGGAAAUUUUUAAUGAGAAACUCUGAAGUGUAAAGAAUAGGUGAAGAGACUAAAGACAUGAUACAUAUAGAAAAUGACAAACUGGUGUGAAUAAGAGGAAAAAAGAGAAGAAAUAGGUAGACAAAGAGGAAGAAAAGAAUAAAGGUUCCAGAGACGUAGAAACACGAAGAGGGAAAUUGACAAAAAUCAAUAUAUAUUUGGAGAAAUAAAAAUACAGACUUUAUUUGCAAUUAAGAGAACGAGCAUGACACAAAAAUCCUAGUCUAUGAAGAAUAAGAUAUUUAGGUUACGGUAGUGUGAAAAAUGGUAUAAAAUAAUAUAGUCAAAUACAGCUAAUUACUAUUUGGUAUAAAAGGUGAUCCUCGUUGCGUAAAAUGUGAACAAAGAAAAUCGAUUUAUCCAAUAAGGAGAAUCAAAUGCUGUAGCGUUUUUUUUAAUUAGAG